AUGGGUUCCCUUCGUUCAUUUCUGCGCUUGGCCGGGCUAUGUACUGCACACAACUUAGCUGCAUGCGAAGGUGAUUUGACCUUGCCAUCAAAGUUCCUACAAUAUCCGAGGUCUGCCCUCUCAUUGCCUUUGAAGAAUGAGCAACUUAGAACUAUGGGCACGGCGCCAACAGCAUCAACUGUACCUUUGACGUAUGUGGAGGUCGAAUUCAAGUCGACUGCAGAUCCAAGCAAGAGUGUGGUGGUGCCGAGAGCAUUGGUGGACACUGGCUCAUCAGAUUGCGAGUUGCGGGAGGGCUUUUUCCAGAAGAUCCAGCCGCUCCGAAGCAUUCAGCAGGGAGUCCUGUACGAGACCGUCACAGGAGCUGAGGCUUAUGACGUCUACGAGGUUGAGAUCUCCAUUUUGGGGAAGAGAGGAGUUGCCGCCUUGACCUUGGUGCCGGAGUCCCGCUUCUCCCCUGAUGCAGAGGACGCGUGCACUGAUGAUGCAAUCGUUGGACACAUGGCCUUGGCCGCUUUGGGCUUGUUGGUGGAUCCUGCUCAUCAGCGAGUCUUGAGGCCUGAAGACUUGAGAAGUCCAGAGCUUUGA